GCACAACCGAAGAAUUGUUGCUCAUGUCGUCCCCAGGUUAAAGACCGUGAGCAGUUAACGUUUUAACCAGUCGCACAAAAUAUUUCUUUAUUAAACUUUCCAGCAACAGGCAGGAUGGAGAGAAACCAAGGUUUUAACUUCAAGCUGUUGGUGCCCCCCAGGUUGAAUAACGGACAGGGUUACAGUAGGUGUUUUGACAAAGGACAAAACAUGCCUUUCCCAAAUACAAGCCUGGUCACACCAACUAAACCGAUCAGACAAGACUUUCCCAAUAUGAAAGUUGUGCCACCAAUGGAAAAAGACGAGAAUAAUUGCAAUCCUGGACAGCUUUGUUCCAAGCUCUUUGAGGAAGUUGAGAAAAUGAAGUGUUGGAAGGUCAAAGUUGACUCUGACACUGUGCAAAAGGAGAGAAGGCUCCAAGAAAACAAAAGGACAAUAGAAACUCAGCGCAAAGCCAUUCAAGAGUUACAGUUUGGAAAUGAAAAUCUCAGCAUAAAGCUGGAGGAACAGAUAAGUGAAAAUGAGGAUUUGAGGAACAAAAACAACGCAACCAGGAACUUGUGUAAUAUACUGAAAGACACUUUUCAGCGGUCAGCUAAGAAUAUGCAGCUGUUUGAAUCUGAAAGAGAGGAAACACAUCACCUGGUUAUGGAAAAUAGUGAGAGCAUUCAGAAACUGAUUGCAGCAUUCGAAAGCCUUCGUAUUCUAGCAGAAGCUGAUCAACAAGAGAUGCAGAAAGUGAAAGAGGGCUUGCUGCAAUUUGAAGAGCUAAAAGAGAAAUAUUGUCAAGAAUAUGCCAUGAAAGAGGAAGAGGUGGCUGGGCUUCAGAUGAAGCUUAAGAAUACGGAAUGUGGACUAGAGAAAGUCCUGCUUGACCUCCAUGAAACCCAAAAGCAUUGCAAACAACUCCAAGACACAACAAAUCAACAAAAUGAACUUCUCAAAAGCUCAAAAGCUGAACAGGAAUCCCUUCAUCAAAAACUGCACACUGCUGAGCAGAGCUGUGAAGAAACUCAGAAAAAUCGUGAAGCUAUUGCUGCAGCCCUUGAACAAAGUAAAGAAGAAUAUGCACAGAUCAUCCAAAGCAAAGACGUAAGCUUGCAGGAGCUCAGCAGAGUUAAAAAUCAACAAGCAGAGAAGCUGGAGCAGAUUCAGACAACCAUUAAAGAGCUACAGGAUUCAUUAGCCCUAGAGAUACAGAGGGCCAAAGAACUGGAGGAUAAACUAAUGGCAAAAAACAACGAACUUGAAAGGAGAAACACACUUUUACGAGAGACCAUGGACCAGAGUGCAAAGAAAGAUGGGCAGAUCAAAAUCCUUGGAGAUGAACUGGACAUAAAAUUAAAAUCCAUUGAGUCCAUGAAGGGUAAGAUUGAUGUAACUGAAGUCAGAGUGGAGGAACUCACAACAAAGCUUUCAAAGAGAACUGAAGAGGUCAAACUAUUUAAGAAUGAAGCAGAGAUGGCCUUUGCUCAAAAUGAUCUACUGAAGAAGGCUUGUGAAGCUGCUGAAAAGGCAAAAGAAGAAUUAAAGGAGAAGUCAACUGAGACAGAGAUCAAAGUGCAGGAGCUAGAGGCAGAGUUGUUUACUGAAAUAAAGAAAAAUAAAGAACACACCUUUCAGAUGGAGCAACUGAAGAAUGACAUUACACUGCAUAAAGUAAAGUAUGAAGAGCUAUUAUCCAACUUUAAUGAGCUUCAGUCUGAGAAGAUGGCCAUUCAACAGCAGUUUGUGAGUGAAUCCUCUAAUGUGAAAGCUGUUGAGGAGAAUAUGAAGGUGAGCGAGGAGAAGGCUGUGAAGCUCACAAGAGAAAUUCAAAGACUCAAAGAAGAAAACCAAUGUUUACGAGAGGAAGCAAACUCCAUUAAAACCAAAAUCCAAGAGAAAUGUCAAGAAACUGAGACUCGGCACAAGAAAAUGGAAGAAAACUAUGAACAUCUGCAGGAGAAAAUUACAGAAAAAGAAAAACAGAUCAAAGCUGUUGAAACAAAGAAUAAAAUGCUAAAGAAACAAAUAACAAAGGAGAUUGCAAAAUCCAGUCAACUUGAAAAUGUGAUCAGCAGUCUUCAUGAUGAGUCCCAGAACCUUGAAAAACUGAAUGAGGAAAUCCAUCAGAAAUUGCUUAAGGAUGUUGAGUACAAAUCCACCUUUGCAGCAGAACUUGAGAAUGAGGUACAAAAGAUCAAAUUAGCAGCAGCAGAGGCCAUCAAGAACAAAGAAGAUGCAGAACGCAAGUGUCAACACAAGAUAGCAGAUAUGGUUGCACUGAUGGAGAAACACAAGAGCCAGUAUGACAGGAUCGUUGAAGAAAAGGAUGCAGAGCUUGAUGAGAACAAGAACAAAGAGAAGGAGGCUGUGUCCCAGAGGAAAUCACUGGAGUUGGAUCUUUCAAAACAUAAGACUGAAAAUGAGCAGUUGAAGAAACAGCUGAAGACUGAAACAACAAAGAAGGAAAACCUGCAGAAGGAGCUAACUGAUUUGAAGAAAGAAAUGUCAUCAAUGAAAAUCACUCAGGUGUCAGAAGCAGAGAACAAGCAGUCACCUGCCUCAAACUAUAAACAAGGACGAUGUUCAGAGACUCCAAAAGACAGUGCUUCAAAGAGACGCAUAUUUGACUUCUCCAAGACCAGGAAAACUCCCUCCUACUGCAAAGAUAAUGGAAGUGCUGCAGUUAUGAAGAAUGCUGAAUCUGACACUGAAUCCCUCAGAAAGUCAUGUGGAACAACACCAAAGAACAAGGAUGCUCACACUGAAGACCUGAAAACCCCGAGUAUGACAAACAGGGUUGGCGGAACAUCAAAGAUCAAAUCCUACAGGAUAAGGACACCACCUUCCACUGAAAAAGCAGCACGCUGGGGGAAGAGCGCCAUUGAGUUUGACCCCAGGUCUGACAGCUCUGAUCAAAAUGAUCUAUUGACCUUUGAAAAUGCACCCACGCUCAAUUUUUCUGCUCCACACUGUAAACUCAACACCAUCAAAAAGAUCCAGAGCCCUGUCACUAAAUCACCAGGGAGCUUGUUGAAGCUAGCUGCAAUGAAAAGGAUGAGAGAUGCUGGUUGGACCGCAGUGACAGGCGGUGACAAGAAAAAGAAGAAAAACAAUGAGAAGAUCUUUGCAUAAGUAGUGCUGUUACAGGUCAGAUAAACCGUAUUAGCAAUAUUACACAGGUUUAGGAGUUCAUACUCAAGUAAACUCGAUAUCUUAACAUACAUAGAUGGUUUUGUUAGGGAUUAAAUAUAAUAUAAUAAUAAUAAUAGUAACAGGCAAAUAUAUUUCUUAGCAUGCAGAGAAAAUAUUGUUAUGGAUCAGUUAAACAGUAUUGUUUGUGACAUGCAGAUUUAGGUGUUCAUGUUCUAGCUUUUAAGCAAGUUUGCUUGAGAUUUGGAGAUAGAUUUUGAGUGAAGUUACCCUCCAUGUUAAGUACUUUGCAUUAAAUUCUAUUCUAUGAAAUAAUUUAUCUUAACUGAUAUACACAUUAAAUCUCUAUUUUGAACAAGUUCAUAUUGUUGGUGUUGGGAAAGAGUAGUUGUUAUGUAUUACUCUCUUAGUAUAUAUAUGUAUAUAUUUAUCUGUCCUAGUGUUGACAGUGAAAUCAGUAAAAGUAAUGUUCAAAUCGAUCAGUUUUGCUCCUUUUUGAAUGUUCUUCCCAUCAUCAUUUUCUCUUCCUCUCAGCCAUUAGCCUCUCAUAAAAAGCUUAAAUUUCAAUGUGAAAUUUCAGUCUUGAAAUUGUAUGAAUUGGUGGAUGAGGAAAAAUGUCCAUGUCCAUGUCUGUUAUGUAUUAAAGGUGACAUC